AUGGCCCAAUCAAACAGCGACUCUAUCCGACCUUUCAAGGUUUCUAUCAAUCAAUCUGACCUUGAUUACUUGCAAACCCGCCUUGAUAUGACAAGAUGGCCGGAGAAGGAGCUCGUUAAUGACUGGUCUCAAGGUGUUCCGCUUGCAGCAAUCAAAGACCUUUACACGUACUGGAAAUCAGAAUACGAUUGGCGGCGCUGCGAAACGUGGCUUAAUUCUUAUCCCCAAUUUACGACAACCAUAGAUGGAGUGGAAAUCUACUUCCUGCAUAUCCGGUCGAAGCUUGAGAAAGCCACACCACUUUUGCUGACUCACGGUUGGCCUGGGUCGGUUUUGGAGUUUAGGAAUGUCAUUGAUAAGCUCAACAACCCUGAAGAUUCUGGAGACGCAUUUCAUCUGGUUAUUCCGGCAUUGCCAGGCUAUGGAUUCUCGGGGAAACCAAACGAGACUGGCUGGGGCCAUGAGCGUACGGCGCAAGCCUGGGCAGAGUUGAUGAGGCGGCUGGGCUACGAUGAGACUGGAUGGGUAGCUCAAGGUGGGGAUUGGGGUGCUUUCGUGGUUGCGAGCCUCGGUCAUCAAGCUCCGAAAGGCUUGAUGGCUGUCCAUUUUAAUUCCAUCUACUUCGAGAACAAGGCAGGUUUCACAGUCAUCCGUCUGCAGGAAGCUGAACAAAAGGCAAUGCGUUUAGACAAGUUCAGAGACACUGGUUUCAAAGGCUAUUCUCUCGAACAAGCCACGAAGCCCCAAACUAUCGGGUACGCCCUCGCAGACUCUCCCGUUGCCCAAGCAUCCUGGAUCUACGAAAAGUACCACGACUGGACCGAUCACGAUGGUGACGUAGAAGCGCUAUUCAGCAAAGAUGAAAUGCUCGACACAAUCAUGUUAUACUGGCUCUCGAACUCUGGGGCUUCAUCUGCUCGAUAUUACUGGGAAUGCGCUUCUGCCGCGACAGCAUGGAAGAUUGAUCUUCCGGUUGGGGUGAGUUGGUUCAACGGUGACAAUAGUUAUGCGCCAAGGGAGUGGUGUGAGAGGUACUAUAAGAAUAUUAUGCAUUGGAAUGAGUUGGAGAGGGGCGGUCACUUUGCUGCUUGGGAACAGCCAGAGGCUUUUGUGAAGGAGAUAAGGGCCUGGCACAAGAAGGUGAAGGACAUCACUCCGUAA